AGAAGAGACGUAUGUGACUGAUAUAAAGGCAGAAGAUAUAGAGGGAGAAGAAGAGACGUAUGUGACUGAUAUGAAGGCAGAAGAUAUAGAGGGAGAAGAAGAGACGUAUGUGACUGAUAUGAAGGCAGAAGAUAUAGACGGAGAAGAAGAGACGUAUGUGACUGAUAUGAAGGCAGAAGAUAUAGAGGGAGAAGAAGAGACGUAUGUGACUGAUAUGAAGGCAGAAGAUAUAGAGGGAGAAGAAGAGACGUGUGUGACUGAUAUGAAGGCAGAAGAUACAGAGGGAGAAGAAGAGACGUAUGUGACUGAUAUAAAGGCAGAAGAUAUAGAGGGAGAAGAAGAGACGUAUGUGAAGGGUGAUCUGCAGUGUAAGGAGGAGGAAAUCCCUACAGAUAUCAGCACAGAUGAAUGUAACAGAAGGAAUAUCUCGGAAGAAAAUCUAAUUUCAUCUUCAGGUUGUAAAACAGAAGAUGAUGACAUCACACAAGAUUCUCCUGGAGAAACCCCUACUGCUCUACUCGUACCUCCUGUACCUCAAAAUGUGCUUGUGUCAUGUGGUCCCUCUAAUCAAAGGGAAUGUUCUGAUAACACUGAUAUUGGGUCAUCUUCUACAGCUCUGACAGUAGAUAAAAUAUUUCCCUGUUCUAUAGAUGACAGAUGUUUUACACAGACCGCACAGCUUAUAACCAAUCAUCCAGCUAAGGGAGGUGAGAAACCAUUUCCAUGUUCUGAGUGUGGGAAAUGUUUUACACACAACUCACGUCUUGUUACACAUCAGAGAAGUCACACAGGUGAGAAACCAUUUCCAUGUUCUGAGUGUGGGAAAAGUUUUACCGAUAAAUCAAAUCUUGUUACACAUCAGAGAAGUCACACAGGUGACAAGCCAUUUCCAUGUUCUGAGUGUGGGAAAAGUUUUACACACAAGUCACAUCUUGUUGCACAUCAGAGAAGUCACACAGGUGAGAAGCCAUUUCCAUGUUCUGAGUGUGGGAAAAGUUUUACACACAAGUCAUAUCUUGUUGCACAUCAGCGAAGUCACACAGGUGAGAAGCCAUUUCCAUGUUCUGAGUGUGGGAAAUGUUUUACACACAACUCACGUCUUGUUAAACAUCAGAGAAGUCACACAGGUGAGAAACCAUUUCCAUGUUCUGAGUGUGGGAAAUGUUUUGCUGAUAAAUCAAAUCUUGUUACACAUCAGAGAAGUCACACAGGUGACAAGCCAUUUCCAUGUUCUGAGUGUGGGAAAUGUUUUACAUGGAAAUCACUUCUAUGUCUACAUGAGAGAAUACAUACAGGUGAGAAGCCAUUUCCAUGUUCACAGUGUGGGAAAUGUUUUACCAAAAAAUCAAAUCUUGUUACACAUCAGAGAAGUCACACAGGUGACAAGCCAUUUCCAUGUUCUGAGUGUGGGAAAUGUUUUACACACAAGUCAUGUCUUGUUAAACAUCAGAGAAGUCACACAGGUGACAAUCCAUUUCCAUGUUCUGAGUGUGGGAAAUGUUUUACACGGAAAUCACUUCUAUGCCUACAUGAGAGAAUACAUAUAGGUGAGAAGCCAUUUCCAUGUUCACAGUGUGGGAAAUGUUUUACCAAUAAAUCAAAUCUUGUUACACAUCAGAGAAGUCACACAGGUGACAAGCCAUUUCCAUGUUCUGAGUGUGGGAAACGUUUUACACACAAGUCACGUCUUGUUAAACAUCAGAGAAGUCACACAGGUGAGAGGCCAUUUCCAUGUUCUGAGUGUGGGAAUUGUUUUAGCGAUAAAUCAUCUGUUGUUAGACAUCAGAAACUUCACACACAUGAGAAUGUGUAGCAUGACAGUAAUCGAAUCUUGAUAAAACUAUACUUUAUUAACACUAGUUAAAAUUUGUAUAUAUGCAGAUGGAAAGUUAUUUAUCUUACAAAUAAAUCUAAUUUCUCACAUGUUUUUGUUAAA